AUGCUCCGCAAUCUUGCCCUUGUUGCCUUUGCUGGUGUUGCUUCUGCCACCAGCUUUAAUGGUAACGGCCAGCUCCGUGCACUCGCCUCUGCUGGUAACGGUACCGAUCUUGGCUGUAUCACAGACUCAGGUGCCUGGACCGUUGAUGCGUCUCUUUGCGGUACCUUUACCGGUACUCGAUCAACCACGGUUUACACCACCUUGACCUCACUUGAUGGACCUUGCACCCUCAACAACUCCGCCUUCGCCUGCGGUGCUGAUGUCACUGCUUUGAGGUUCUGGGCCUGGUCCGACUUACUUGAUGACUACGAUAUCCUCGCAUAUGGCGAGCAAAUCACCUACUCCAGCACUGCCAACAUCUCAGAGGCUGCCAACUCAUCCAUCCCAAUUCGCACCUACAGAACUACUGACCACAAACCCUGGAUCUGGUUGGGUUGGGUUGCCUUAUAG